AUGGAUCUUCGCGUCGACAUCGUCGAGCCGAGGCUCUGCCUGGACCAUCGUAGGCGGCCACCAGGUAAGGUUCCCCUCAGGUAAGUGCCCUUGCUCUGUUUCUUCCCUUUGUUUGUUGAAGUUCCGCGUCGUACGCUGCGCUUGCUGCCUGCCCUUUAUAUGCUAGUCUGUCUGUUAAUAGCUAAACGACACCCUCGAUGCCUGCUGCGACUGUCUGUCCGUCAGUCUAUGCCACUCUCUACUAAUACCUAGGUGUUACGGUGCCUGACUUUGUGUGGUGCCCUCACUUUGUCUCUGACUGUUGACUGUGUCCGCUUGUCCACUCUAGUUCUAAGUCCCAUAGCGUUAGGUAGUGUGUAUGGUCUCUCCUACUUCACUCCAUCACAUCACCACCACCAAGGUCCCAGGCUAACUCGGGUCGUUCUCUCACUAACAAAAAGUCGUGGCCCAUAGUGGAGUCCGGCAGCCGUCUGGGAUAACCGGGCAGCCCUGUUCAGGGAUGUGUUGCCUGCCCCCGCGAGGGGGAGGGGGCUAGAAAAGGUGCCCUAAAGAUCGCUGGGAACCACGCUGUCUGUAGGCUGGCCGUGGCCGCAGACAAAAAACACACGGUCGAAACAGCCAAAACCGAAACAACAACAACAACAACAACAACAACAACAAUCACUCUCUUCCUCUUCCAGCCUAUUCUUCUUCUUCUCCUACUCCUACUUUUCGUCGCCGCAGUCGCCAGACUGGCAGGGUGAGCCCGCUCACUCUGGCAGCCUGUAAUGUUCGUUCCCUUUUAGACAAUCCAAGGAGCAACCGACCGGAACGGAGGACGGCGCUAGUGGCACGAGAACUGGCGCGCUACAAGGUGGACAUCGCCGCACUCAGCGAGACCCGAUUCUCCGAACAAGGCCAACUGGAGGAGGUGGGUGCCGGUUACACCUUCUUCUGGAGUGGUCGACCCAAGGCAAAGCGACGAGACGCGGGUGUCGCCUUCGCCAUCCGGACCGACAUCGUGGGACGACUACCCUGUUUGCCGCAGGGUAUCAACGAUCGCCUGAUGAGCCUCCGUCUGCCUCUGCGGGGUGGGGGCAAAUUCGCCACAAUCAUCAGCGCCUACGCUCCGCCGAUGAGCAGUCCCGACGCCACCGCAAGAGACAAGUUCUACGAGGACCUGCACGCCCUCUUGGCGACUGUGUCGAAGGCGGACAAGUUGAUUGUCCUUGGUGACUUCAACGCCCGCGUCGGCACAGACCAUACUGCCUGGAGGGGAGUGCUCGGUCCUCACGGUCUCCGCGGCUCCAACGACAACGGCCUGCUCCUUCUCCGCACUUGCGCAGAACACCGCCUCAUCCUGACGAACACGUUCUUCUGUCUGCCGGAGCGAGAGAAGGCCACCUGGAGGCAUCCUCGGUCGCGCCAGUGGCACCUGCUGGACUAUGUCCUCGUCCGGAGGCGAGAUCAGCGGGACGUGCUGGUGACGAAGGCGAUCGCGGGUGCUGACGGGUGGACCGACCAUAGCCUCGUCAUCUCGAAGAUGCGUAUUCGCCUACAGCCUCGCAGGAGACCACAAGGUAAGCGACCCCCAGGUAAGCUGAAUGUUGCUUUGUUGUCUUUGCCUGCUCACCGUCUCCAUUUCAUCAAUGAGCUAGCUCAACGGCUAGACAACCUUCCUAUCGCUGCCGCCGCCGCCGAGAUGCCGUGAACGCCUCCGUGGAGAACCGCUGGUUUCUUCUGCGGGACACAGUCCAGUCGACGGCGCUCGCCGUCCUCGGUCGCGCUCCCCGCCAACACCAGGACUGGUUCGACGACAACGACGCUGCCAUCAGAAAUCUGCUUGCCGAGAAGAACCGCCUACACAAAGCCUACGUAGAUCACCCCACUGAGGACAACAAAGCUGCCUUCUACCGCAGUCGCCGCCAGAUCCAGGAAUGA